ACCGCACAGUGAUGAACAAGCUGAAUGCAGACACACCGGCAGGACACAUCUUACUCAGCUCUGUGCAUUUUUAUGGUGAUUACUGCAUUCUGCACACCCAAUGGGUAAUGUUCCUUAUGCAGUUAAGCAAUGCAUCAGCUACCAGCAUCUCCUUAAAGACCAGUUUUGGAAUGCAGAGACUACCCUCCAGGAGCAGGAAUCACCUCCAAUAGGACUUCCUCCACAUGUCAAAAUAGUAGAAGUUGGGCCAAGAGAUGGUUUACAGAAUGAAAAGGAGUUUGUGCCUACAGAUGUGAAAAUUGAAUUCAUUGAUCAGCUUUCUGAUACAGGAUUACCUGCUAUAGAAGUUACCAGCUUUGUUUCUUCAAAAUGGGUUCCUCAGUUGUCUGAUCACACUGAAGUUAUGCAAGGUAUAAAGAAGCAUCCAGGAGUGCGCUACCCAGUUCUUACUCCGAACAUACGAGGUUUUCAUUCUGCAAUUGCAGCAGGAGCCACUGAGGUGUCUGUGUUUGGGGCAGCAUCAGAAACGUUCAGUAGAAUGAAUAUUAAUUGUUCAAUUGAGGAAAGCAUGACAAGAUUUGAAGACAUUAUCAAGGCUGCUGGCAAUUUGAAUGUGCCAGUUCGGGGAUAUGUUUCAUGUGCAUUAGGCUGCCCAUAUGAAGGGAACAUUGCAACAUCCAAAGUAUCAGAGGUUUCCAAAAGAUUGUAUAGUAUGGGUUGUUAUGAAGUUUCAUUAGGAGACACAAUUGGAGUCGGAACACCAGGAAGUAUGAGGAAGAUGCUGGAAUCUGUCAUGAAAGAAGUUCCUGUCAGCGCUCUGGCUGUUCACUGUCAUGAUACAUAUGGGCAGGCUCUUGCCAAUAUUCUUACAGCUAUACAGAUGGGAGUUAGUGUUGUAGACUGCUCAGUGGCUGGUUUAGGAGGAUGCCCCUAUGCCAAAGGUGCAACAGGGAAUGUUGCCACAGAAGAUGUGAUUUAUAUGCUGAAUGGACUAGGUAUUCAAACUGGUGUAAACCUUUCCAAAGUUAUGGAAGUGGGCCAUUUUAUAUGCUCUGCCUUGGAUAGGAAGACAAAUUCAAAGGUGGCACAAGCAUCAUUUCAGCUAUGAACUUUUUAAGUUCUAUACGUUAUUUAAAUUCUGUGGAUUUAUCCCACAGUCUACAGAUUACACAACGGCACAGCUACAAAUGUUGCACACCAAAACUCUCUCUCUUAUCAUGUCUAUAAUACAGCAAGAGCAAAAUAACCCACCGUUUACAGUUUACCCACCUCUGACCUUUGGCUGUAAAUAUGACGUAACCCGAUUGUCAUAUGAUAAUUAUACUCAGUGACUAUACACAUGUGAAGUUUUAAUGUUGGACUGUUGUAUAUAUUAAUACUACAAAUGUACACAAACAGCAUGCCAUAUAGGUAUGGCAUAUGUAUUUUUGCUAUAUAAUGUGUAGCACUAUGACAUAAGACUACAAACAAUUAUUUGCACUUUUGGGCAGAUUUUCAGCUCACAGGAACAACUAGGGGCAAAUUUACUUAUGGUUUAAUAUCGAGGGUUAAUUGCCCUCGAUA